AUGUGCACUUACGAGGAAACCUAUCCAACUGAUGUCAUACCAAAAUUAGGUAAAAAUGAAAUAUGUCUGAUGAUUAUUCGAUGUUAUGAUCUUUAUUAUACAAAAGAGAAUGCAUCACAAUAUUCAAAUUUGUCUGUAUUACAACCAAAACGAACGUUUACGUGUUUAAUUAAUGUUAAAUAUGAUACGAGCGCGGCAAAUAAAACAAUAGUGAGUGAUGAUUGCUGGAAUGAACGCAUUGGUGCAGAAGAACUUCAUGUUCAUUUUUGGUUGAAAUCGGCGUUUCUCCUCAAUAACUUCAUGUUCAUUGUUGGAGAUAUCGGUCUUUCCCCACAAUAG